UGUGUUUCCUAGCGCGUGAAAUGUAGGCAAUGGCGAUUUAGGCCAGGCAGGCAAGAAAUAUUUAUUUUUAAUUUUCAAGAUAAUUACAUUGUGAUUUUUAACUUAGUUAUGGCCCAUGGAUCCGGAGUCUUAUCGUCUGAUAUUAGUAGAAGAAAUCCACAAGACGAGUAUGAACUCAUCCAGAGGAUAGGUAGUGGCACGUAUGGAGAUGUUUACAAGGCGAAGAGGUUAUCCACCAACGAUUUGGCAGCCAUCAAAGUGAUAAAACUCGAGCCAGGGGACGACUUCGCCAUCAUCCAGCAGGAGAUCCUGAUGAUGAAGGACUGCCGGCACCCCAACAUCAUCGCGUACUACGGCAGCUACCUGCGGAGGGAUAAGCUGUGGAUCUGCAUGGAGUACUGCGGGGGCGGGUCCCUGCAGGACAUCUACCACAUUACUGGACCGCUCACAGAACAGCAAAUUUCGUACAUGUGCCGGGAAACUCUUCACGGGUUGGCGUACCUGCACUCCAUGGGUAAAAUGCACAGAGACAUAAAGGGCGCCAACAUCCUCCUGACUGAGAACGGCGACGUGAAGCUCGCAGACUUCGGCGUGUCGGCCCAGAUCACCGCGACCAUCAACAAGAGGAAGUCCUUCAUCGGGACGCCCUAUUGGAUGGCCCCGGAGGUGGCAGCAGUGGAGCGCAAGGGCGGCUACAACCAGCUGUGCGACAUCUGGGCCAUCGGCGUGACGGCCAUCGAGCUGGCCGAGCUCCAGCCACCCAUGUUCGACCUGCACCCCAUGCGUGCCCUCUUCCUCAUGUCCAAGAGCGGCUUCAAGCCGCCCACGCUCAAGGACCGGGACAAAUGGAGUCCAACAUUCCACAACUUUGUCAAGGUUGCGCUCACAAAGAAUCCAAAGAAAAGGCCAACGGCUGAAAAGUUACUUUUGCACCCGUUCUUCCACGGGGAGAUGAGCAAGCGGCUGGCCUUGGAGCUGCUCCAGAAGGUCAGCAACCCACAGCACAUGUUCACCGACCUGGAGCCCGACGAAGACGGGGCCGUGCCGAACGUACCGCAGAGGAUAGCGUCGAAGCACACCUCUGCGCGAGCGAAAUCAAAACCGGCCGUCGACCUGCCCAUCAGCCAGAGGGACGUGCUGCUCCACGACCAGGGCGUGCCGUCGCGACUGGACGGGGACCUGCCCCCUCCCCACCCCCCGCACUUCACGGACGUGUCCAGGGUGUGGGACAUCAUGGACAUCAUGAACAACAUCGAGACUGUCCACACGUGCGAAGCAGAGGGCGAUUGGCCGAAAGAAGUCUUUGACGAGCCCCCGCACACCUGUGAAAAAAGAGCGACCACACCACCCGUCCCGUGUAGUAACUGCUUAAAGCGCGAGCAGGAAUGCACCAAUUGCUUGUUGCGAGUCCGCAAACAGCGCCUUACUGGGACCGCCAUCUUUAAAAUGUCUCUAAGGAGUCUAUUGCAGUACAUUGACGAAGAACUAAUUCUCAGGGGCACGCGAGCACGUCACUUGGCCCCACAGGAAGACUCGUACUCGCAACAGGCGACGCUGCCGGUGAGCGACAACGCCAACCCGGCCAACCACGAACACCACUGCGACCUGCACCGGGGCGGCUUCUUCAACCACCUGCCAGGGUGCGGCAACUCCCCCCGGCGGCAUAGCUCGGUGGACGAAAUAUUGGGGCUGGCUGCGACGUUGACGCUAAACGGCCAGCGGCAGCGCUCUCUGAGCGAUAGCGCGCGCGACAAGGAGACCUGCAUGAACGGGGACGGGGCGGAGUCGGGGGCGGAGCAGCCGGACCUGCUCAGCGACACGCCUCCCGUCCCGCCGCGGCGCCGGGAGAAGAAGAGGCACACCCCGCCGCGCCCCAUCAGCAACGGCCUGCCCCCCACGCCCAAGGUGCACAUGGGCGCCUGCUUCUCCAAGGUGUUCAACGGCUGCCCGCUGAGGAUACACUGCACGGCCAGCUGGAUCCACCCGGACACCCGCGACCAGCACAUCCUCAUAGGCGCUGAGGAGGGCAUCUACAACCUGAACCUGAACGAGCUUCACGACGCCGCGAUCGACCAGCUCUACCCCCGCCGCACCGUCUGGCUGUACGUCAUCAAGGACGUGCUCAUGUCCCUGUCGGGCAAGACGCCGCAGCUGUACCGGCACGACCUCCUGGCGCUGCAGUCGAAGCAGACGCACAGGUUCUCGCUGCACGUGAACCGCAUCCCGGAGCGGCUGGUGCCGCGCAAGUUCGCGCUCACCACCAAGGUGCCCGACACCAAGGGCUGCGUGCGGUGCUGCGUGGGGCGCAACCCGUACAACGGCUACAAGUACCUGUGCGGCGCCGUGCCGGGUGGCAUCUUCAUCAUGCAGUGGUACGACCCGCUCAACAAGUUCAUGCUGCUCAAGCACUUCGAGUGCCUGCUGCCGUCGCCGCUGCACGUGUUCGAGAUGGUGAUCACGCCGGAGCUGGAGUACCCCGUGGUGUGCGUGAGCGUGAAGCAGGCCUACGAGGAGAACCGCCUGCGCCUGGACCUCGUCAACAUGAACUCCGGCUCGAGCUGGUUCCACAGCGACGAGCUGGACGACAUGGACGGCACGGCGACGGUGGUGCCGAGGCGGGAGAACAUCAACAUCAUCAACGUGACGCAACUGGAGAAGGACGCCAUCCUGGUCUGCCAUGACAACGUCGUGAAGAUCGUCACUCCACAAGGCCGGCUGAGGACGGGCAGGAAGCAGGUUUCCCAGCUGCAGUUCGACUUUGCCGUUCAGUCCAUCGUGUGCCUGCCGGACAGCGUGCUGGCGUUCCACAAGCACGGCGUGCAGGGCCGCAGCUUCAAGAACGGCGAGGUGACGCAGGAGAUCGUCGACAAGAGCCGCGUCUACAGGCUCCUCGGCUCCGACAAGGUGGUGGUGCUGGAGAGCCACGUGUGGCAGGAGGUGCCACGUGGCGGCACACUCACCGAGGAGGGGGCGGAUCUCUACAUCCUGGCCGGCCACGAGGCCAGCUACUGAGUCGCUCCCGCUCCCGCCACGCGCGUCGGCGUCCCGUGCUUUCCCGUUUCAUUGUGUCCCCCCCCCGCGGUUGUGAGUAUUUAUUUGCAAACAGGAAAAGAGGGGGGUUGUGUAUUAUUUUUUUUUUUCUAAGUCAUCUCCCUUUUUUGCAGCACGCACAUCAAAAAAAAAAAAUUGAUUUGAGAAUAUUUUUUAUUCGUCCUGUGUAAAUCCGUAGCAUUUAAACCGUGCGUACGUCUCAUGUUUUCGUUCGUAAGGGGCCCAGUGGUUGUACCAAGAAGAAGUUUUCUUAUUUUGCAGGAACACUUUAAAGAAACAUUUUACCAUCUUGCUUUUUUAUGUCUUUAGGUUUAGGAUUUUUCCAUUAUUUAAAUGAACUGUGAUUGAAAAAUCAUUGCGUUGUUGCAUUUUGGCUCGUGAACGCGAAGAUUUUGCUACAUUUUUCUUAAUUUUAUCAAGGCGGUGAUAUUUUUAAUGUUAUUUUAAAAUUUUUUCGUUAUUCAAGCAAAUUUUUGUAUUAGCGAUAAUACUGAGAAAUUUUCAAGGGCAAGGCCCAAGAAAACCAUGUUGCAUAGCAGAACAAACUGCCACUAUUAUAAUAUUAUUAGUGUUAUGCGGUAAAGGAAUAAGUAUCUAAAGUACCCAUAAGAUUGGUUCUUGUAGGAAGACAUACUUACAAAUAUUGAUAUGCUUUGGCAUAUUUCAAAACUACUUAGUUUUAAAGCUACGUGCUCUGCAACGAAGCUGGCACGUAGCAACUUCCAAUCACUACCCAGUGGUAGCGAACAGCAGCACUGAAGGAACUAGCUGGCUAGACCUGGGGAUACCAUGUUCCGCCCCUAUCUGCCUGGGUUGCGAGAUGUUUAUCAAGCAGGCAAGCGUUGUUUUGUAACCGUCAAUGGCUACAGACAGCUGUCCCACCUUACACCCCUUACGUUAAUUGUAAUUCCAUGCGUGGACAGCAUGGCUGGUUGUUGCCAACUCACGUGCACCUCUAAGCAUGGCCUUACGGGACAGCAGAUAUCACUGUGGAACACAAGGUGGCAGUUUCCACUGUUUUUUCUAGCCAUGAAUACAGAACAAAUUAAAAAUUAGAAAAGUUAUAAACUACUUAUACUUUGGAUUUCACGGUGGCAUUCGUCAGCAGUAGAGACAACACUUAGUACACACACAGAAUGGGAAGCAAUUUUGUUUUUGAGUUCUGAGUGUAUAUUCUGUCUUCCCUACUCUUUAUGAGGACCACCGUUUGGUCGAACACUUGUUGUUUUCUGUGUGUGUUUUAUUUUCCUUCAAUGUUCUUUCUCUUUAGAUCUUUGCAGAAUAUACCACAAUGAUUUUAGCACAAGCUGCAUUUAGGCACCAGUUUCUGUGAAGUAUUCAAUGAUGUAUAAUUUUUGGAAUUGCGACUACCCGAUUAGCAUCCGGAAACGUACACAUACGUAAAAAUAUUUUUGUCAAUCACAGUUCAUUUUUUUUUUUCUUCUACCAAGCUUGGUGGCAGGUACUAUUGUGUUUCUUUGUGUCGGUUUCAUGACGUGCACCAAAGAUUGAAAAAUGUUCCUAGUUAUAGUGUUUGUGUUUAUAAUGUGUGCUUUCAUUUUAGCCUUCUGUUGCAACAGCGUCUAAACUCCGGCGUUAUCACCGCACGUCUUUGAUGCUUGGUUUACAACUCUUCUUUUACUUCACGGCAAGCAUACGUUAAUACAUUGAAAGCUUUAUAUUUUACCAAAAAUAAAGUUGUGUAAAUACAUUGUACAAAUAAAAUGUAAAAAAAAAGUGUUCUGUAAAAAAGACCCAGUAUUGAAAUAUGUAUUUGAAUUGUACAGUUCCGGUAAUAUUUGUGAUUUGAUUCUUUUUUGUUCUUUCUAUCUUUUUUCAUUUCCCUCCCGAGGUAGUUAUAAUAGGAAUGCAUUACGUUGAACAAAUCUUAAUUGUGUUGUAAUUUUGUAAAUAUCUUAUGUACCAUUUGUGUUUGAAGCGGAAAUUCAUUCAUCGUGUAAGUCAUACAAUAAUGUCAGUAUGAGAUUUAACCCAUAGCGUUUUACUGUAUGUGAAACUAGGGAAUAAAUACAUAUACUUAUGCUCAAAAAAAAACUUAACAUUUUAACAUCUUGUACGUUUUUUCAUAUAUGCAACUCCUAAGGAGGAUUUUUGCAUGGUCGUAGCACGUACAUAUGUGUGUGUGUAUAUAAUUAAGGCACACAAUUUCUGUUGCGCAACCAAAUUAUAUAUGUUGUCUUUAUUUCUUUUCUUAUUUUUUUUUUAGGUACAGUGCUCUUGCCUUACAUUUGAACUUAAUGCAGGGGUCUUGUAGUUUAUUUUGAUUGCUAACCCAGGAUAUUUUAUAUUUUUAUAUGCACCAUGAUCAAAGGUCUGGCUCUAGAAAUGAAACUGUACAAGGCUGAAUGUGUAGUGGUGGACAUAUGUACCUGCAGAGGUACCGCCGAGUCAUAACUGAUGUAAGUGUUUUGGAGAGUGCUAGAGUGCUGAGGAAUUUUGAACUUCUAUUGCUAUGAAAUCCAACUACGAGGAAUUGUGUUUCUGGUUUGGAAAUUGUUGAUGAUCUCGCUAAUUAUAAUAUAGUUAAUGCAUGGUUGAGCGGCUAUUGGGUGAUAUUUUGUGGAAAUUAAACGAAAAUAUAUAUAUAUAUUUUUUACUUUUUCCAUCUUAAUGAAAAUUGUUUCCAGAAUCAUGAAGAGUCUGAUGUCUUUUUUUAAUGUGAAAAAUAAAUGUGCUACCUAUGUAAUUUAAAUUAAACAAUAGUACCCUAUAUAUAAUAUUAAUUAAAUUCAUAAAACAUUUGUAGAAAAAAAACUACAUAAAAUUAUAAAAUUUCAAAAAACUGAAGUGAAAAGUAGACAUUUCUUAACAUAUGAACUUGGUAAAGUAAAACAUUUAGUAAUUUUGACGUUAUUUUGAAACUUUAACAGUCGUAUAUCUAUGAUAUUUUUGCUGUGUCAUCUCACUGUCAAUAUUUCCUAAUAUUCUAGUGUCUUCAGUUAAACUUUAUUUUACAUUUGAUAUAACCACAUUUCAUUCUGUCUCUCCCUUACAUUUGAUGUUCUUGUGUACAACGUAGUUUUACAAUUGAGAUCAUCUUCUAUUUAGGCUUCUGUGAAUCCCAUUUCUUAUUUCCUUUCAAUAAAGUAUAAAAUUAUUGAUGAAUUGUUAAUAUUUUCCGAACACUUGCAGACCUUUACGUUUACCAGGUUGCUUAUUCGAAGUUGCCCUACGUUUAGAGCAUCUUAUACAUGACGUAAUACUUCAUAACUAGAGUGGAUUUGAUGCUUAACAUUUAACAACUGAUGUUUGGGUUUUGUAGAGGAGCCUUUUUUUUUUUUAUCCAUUAUAUUAUUCCAAAGUCAAUAGUGCAAAAUUGUACUAAGCUUAGUUGAAUUGCUAUAGUUUAUUUAGAUAAAAAACAAACUGCUUGAUAAACAUUCUUUUUUUAUUUAUAUUUAAAUCUUUUUAUUGCCUAGCUUGUUUGUCCGUCCAUAGCAUCUGAAGAUGUAGACACUGAAUUUUUCCUCUCAUUUUUAACUUCAAGUGUUCAAAAUUUCAUGAAGACAUACCAAAAUUAUUCUCUGAGGGGCGGGAAAGAGGGAUUGGGGUGGUUUUUUGAAAUCUCACGUAGACAGUGACCUUCCUCUUGUUUUGCAGAUCAAGUGUGCAAAAUUUGAUCAAGCAUGCUUUUUGUGUACUCUGCUUUUUAAUUAAAUGUAAUUUCCAUGCAACAGUUAUGAUGUUAUAGAAUAAUUAAUCCCAACAAAAAUGCUUUUCUCACAUAAGAAUCGCACCCCUACUUUUAAGACUUCAUUAUAACAUAAAAUGUGUGAUGAUUAUGCGAUAAAACACAGUAUAUUAACUUUUGUUAGAUCCUUGAAUAUUCAUUCAACUCAGAUAUAAUUGUUUUUAAUUGUUCAAUAUUUAUACCACUGCUGCAUAUUUAUUUGCACAAUCUAAAUUUAUUAAAUUUAUCAUUAUUAAAAUACUUGUUAUGUAAAAUUAAUAUAUGUAAUUCACCUUUAAAGAUAUUCUUUGUUCUAAUUCAAAGAUUUUAUAGCUGAACAGUAAGUUUUGAAUGCCAGCAGUUAGAUAGUUUCGCAGUGACUACUUUUGUUGUGUUUGUAAAGGAAAGUCUUCCGAAAGACAUGCAGACAAUCGGUGCAUUACACAACAGGGAAGAAACAUGAACAUUACCAUUGAUCAGUUUUCCAAAAUUUCAGUAUCAGUGCUGCUGUUGUAGGUGUUAUUCCAUAUAAAAAAAUUUUAACUGUCAUAUACAAUAUUAGGUUUGAUUCAUAAAUACAAUUGGUUAAUCUAUGUUGUUUGUGUAUAUCAAUUGGUGCCCUGGACAAAGUAUUUUUUUACUGAAAUGUAGGUGGAAAGACCCCUGUAUUAAUAAUCGUUUAAAUUUCUUAGUACGUUUAGAGCAGUAAGACUCGAAGCUGUGUACACCUAGGAAAUAUGUAGUCCCUACCAAUCGUGCAGUAGCUGUAAUUCAAUUAACACAUUUUAAUGAACUUGUACAGUGAUGGUAAAUAAAGACAAGACAUAUCUUGUAAGGAAAGAUUGAAAUAAGGCUUAGGUAAUAUUUACUUAUUUUGUGUGCCUUUUUUAUUUUUUUAAGGAAAUAAAUGUGUAUUCGUAAGUUGUUUGUGCUUAGAGUAUUAGCCAAUCGAAGGAGCUGCAGUGAGACGUAUUUUUGUAGUUUUUUCGAUACAGAUAUUUUAAAGUUGGUUUGUGAAAAAACUUAGGUUGAUCUGAGUUAGCUAUUGAGCUUUGUCUUCUAACUAAAGAGAGUGUGUGGUACAUUCUGUUAUACACAUUGCUUGUGUAAACAAUUUCCUCAAAUAUCUGUUCUAAUAAAUACCACAUGUACUGCAUUCCCACAAUGCUUUAUUUCAUAUGUAAAUAUGUAUGUUUAUGCUUGAACAUUGUAAAUAUGGCUUGUCAAUUUUUUUUUUUUUCCUUACAUUUGUCAAAGCUAUUUUCCUGAAGAAUGAUGUUUGCUUUCUUGUUUUUUACUUUGAAUGCAGUGUUGCACGUUUAUCGAGGAAACACAUUUGUUAUGUUACUAAUCGUAAUGUUGGCUAGUCUUGCUGCAGAAUGUGAUACUGAUAAUAUUGUACAUUUGUACAGAAGUGUUACGAUAAAUUGUCUUUCCAACCAGAGUGAAGCUUAUGGUGGUAUAUUUUCCUUAUGCGUGUUUUAAGGCUUGCUACACAGUUUUAGCUUAGGUCAGGUUUUCUAUCUGCAUCAUUCAUCAUCAUCAUCAUCAUCAUCAUAUUGUCAUCAUUACAAUGUUCCCACAAGGACAAGUACAAGAAUCGACAGUCGCACAACUAUGUGUUGUUACUGACCGAACAGAAAUCCACUUUUCCGUAGUGGUAUAAAGUUUCCAUUAGUCCGUGUACAUAAGAAAGUACAAAUUGAAUACUUAAUGUUGAUGUGUGUAGCUGUCUGUAAGCAGAUACUGUUUUCGCCUCUGAGAAUUCUGUACAGUUUUCUGUCAAAGGGCCAUUUUUUCUGCUUACGCAUCAUUUAACCAUCGAAUAUAUUUUGUAUUUGUUUAUUUAUGAGUUUCCUCUUGCCUGAAGCUAUUUUACACAGCUUUUUGGGCAUACGCCAUUGCAGUUUUGCACUGUUUGUCAUGGAAAAAUUCUGAAAAUCAAAAAGAGAAAUUCACAGGUAACAAGACUUGAUCAGCUCAUGUUUGAACAAACGGAACCAACAUUGAAACUAAGCCAGUAUUAUAGACAACACAACGACGACAGUACGGACAAAACAAUGUUCAGUUGAAGGAACUUAGUCAUGAAAAAUAAUAUAACACCACAGACGAACACAGUGAGCUAACAACGAGACAGAUUAAAUGCAGGCAGACAACAAACCUGGACAAUGCAGCAAACACACAAACACAGCGAUGAAGAUGAACAAGUACUGUGUACGAUAGCGCUGGCGAACACAGAAGAUUUCCAGUGACAACAGUUGCGAGGUUUCGGGAACGGACAUCUGUUCCUGUCCUCAGGCACAAGCAGAUGCCCAAAAAACUGCAUUAAAUCAAAAUUCCCCAUUGCACGAAUCAUUUAAAGAAUGUAGCAUUUUACACGUUACCAUGUAUAAGUUGGUCAGAUGACAGUAAUGAGUAUGUUGUAUUGUUAUACAUUAUUUGAAAUUUUUGACAUGGAGAGCUAUUAUAAAAUUUAUUAAAAAAAAAACUUUAUGAACAGUAAGUGCACAAUGUUUGAAAUAUUUUUAUACUUUAUUUAAUUUCAUGUCCAGUAUGAGACCACGUGAGCCAAUCAUACGUAAACGUAUCUAGUAUAAACUUGACUUUUUUUUUUUUUCAUUAACAUUAUUUUACUAUUUUUCCAACCAAAUAAAAUGUAGUUCCAUAAGUAACUGACAAAUUUACUUGAUUCUAAGAUGCUCUUUUGUGACUCUUUGAGCAAAGAAAAUUGGUUACAUUGUGGAAUUUAUGCAUGUUUUUCUUAAGAUUGUUAAGAUUUAUUCAGUUUAAGACUGAGGCAUGUGUUCAUUGAGGUAUAAAAUGGUGCAUUUUGCUGUAUUGAAGACUGGGAACAUUUGUAGGCAAAAUCAUUUAACAUUUGUGUAAGGAUAACUAGAACACUAUAGCAGGUUACUGAGCAAGAUGGUCAUUCUAGAUCUAGGCAGAGUAUGGGGGGAUGGGGAAUUAACUGUCAUAUUAAGAGAGAAAAAAUUGUGUGGGGCCAAUUUCAAUUUUGGAAUUGACAGAUUCCAUGGAUUCUUGUGGUAUCAAAGGAUUCAGAGUACUAUGGUUUUCGAAUUGAUGCUUGAUUCAUCAAACUCAAUUUAUCAGUACUUUAAAUAGGUUAUUUUUACUAAUUGGGUGAUUCCUCAUUAAUCGCCUGACAACCCACUAAUCUGUUGAUACAUCACUAAUCGGCAGAUACAACUUGCAUCCAAGUGUUAAAUAAGUUUUCUCCCAGUCCUCUUUGGUCAUAAGGAUAUCAGCACUUGGACCACGCUCAUUGACUUUAGUGCUAUCGACUGUAGCGAGAUAAAAUAAUCAAUAGUGUUCAGUUGCAAUAGUGAAGUGUGGUAUCAAUAUUUUAUAGUUAUCGGCGACUAACUAAUAUCAGUGGUCUGGCAAAAAAAGAAAUUUUCCAAGCCUGGAAAAGUCAGGAAAUUUUUUAUCACAGGUUUGCUAGCCACCUUGAAGCAGAUAAAUAAAUUCAAGGUCGAACAAUGCAGCCUGUGAAAUAAACCAGGUGGGCAGCUCUGAGUGGUUAGCUAAAAUGUACGUAUACGAACUAAAGCAUCAUAGUUAGCAUUCUUCUUUUACAAAUAAAUGUGUUCCAUAACUAAGUGGGUCAUUUUUUUUGUAGGAAAGCUUGUGGUUCAGAGGACGGUUGAGACUUAGAAUCAGUGGUGUCUUAAAUUCAAGUAAAUAUAUUAAUUAAAAAAUAAAAGUGGACCAAAACACAAGUGCUCACAGGCUGGUUCUUAUAGACAAUCGCUCAUAGAACAUGGACACUCAGGAAAAUGUUUUCUUUGUGUACAGGAACCAGGCUGUGGGUACGUGUGUUCCUGUGCAUUUUUUUGUUUUUCAUCUGCAUACUACUGCUUUUUGUGGACAGAUUUAGGUCUCAUUAAGAUAACAUUUCCCAAACUCAUCUUUGUUUCUCCUUAACAAAGUUUUACGUGAGAUUGGCUUGAGUGUGGGCUGUGACGAAUUUCGCAGUGUCCUGGUGACUUUCUGUGGGGUGUUUUUAACGGGUGCAUAGCUGUACAAGAGGUAAUAUGCUCGUUUCAAACUGCUGGGUUUGUUUGAUUGGCGGUCUCUUCUCGACCUUCUCGGCAGUUGUUGAGUACAAAACUCUCCCUGGCACUUUGGUCUCGAUCGGGAUGCUCUUUCUCCCGAGCUGGGGUUUUGAGGGCAAUCGCCAACUUAAGAAACAAUGGCCCCUAACAAUCCAUGUGGGUGCUCGCUCAAAAAAAUAUACAGUUUUAAGCAUUAUUUCCAGAGUAAACAUUUAUGAACAGUAAUGAUAUAAUUCUUAAGCAUCGUGUUUGCUUGACGAUAAAGAGGUUUACAACUCUCGACUCUUGGACCUCCUGAGGAGCGACAGCAGCCCUUUCAAACCAACCUUACUUCCGCCCGCUGCAUCUGAUUGAGUCACUGCUCCCAGGGACUUAAUGCCGAGCAUCGGGGUGAUGGCACAAUAUAUUUGUUCUGUAAAUUAAAUUUAACGGGAUCAGUGUUUUGAUUAAAAUGGUAGUCAGCAAGUACGCACACCUGACAGGAAAACAAUAAUUUUGAAAAAAAUAUAUAUAUUUUGUUAGUGCUGUUUUGAUUGGUACUCUGUUUUCCAGGGACGAAUUAGAGUGCUACUUCCGAGGGGAGGGUGUACAUGUUAUCUUGCAAAAUUUAUUGAUGAACCUGGGAGAAAAUGUUUGGUUUAACUGGGAAAUGGGAAAACAAGGGGAAAUUUGUUUUGAUUAAUAGUGUGGGAACCCUGAACAAUGUUUUAGAGGAGUGAGAAAAUAAAUAUGACACAUAUGUAGAUGCAAACAGCCUGUAGCCUUGUCAGCAGUGAAUCAGCACCUUUCGAGUCUCCUUCCAUUAGCACCUUUCCUGUCCCCUCUCUCCUGCGUGCCUGCGUUUAUAUCUUCCUCCACCGCCCAUCAUGUCAUUGAACUCUGUCUGUGCAUCUCUCGUGUUUCUUUAUUGUAAUUUAUUAUUUGAUGCCACCCAGAAAUGUUGAGCAUUUUUUUAAAUAAACAGGCUUCAAGUCCUUAUCCAACUUUUGAUUUAACUUUCUUCAGAGAUUUGUAGAGAAAUGUACUGUGGAGCUUUAGUUGUAUGAAUUUGAGCGAUGAACUUUUGUUGUUUGGGUCACAAUGUGUUUUUUACAAAAUUCCAAAAGUGUUGAUUGUGAACUCAUUUCUGCCUGUUUACAGCUGUCACGUAACGUGUAAUGAGCAUCAGGUGAAAUAGUUUGCGGCAGAAUAUAAAAAUGUGCUGCUUUUGUGAUGGAGAAAUCCAUGAUGGUUGUUGCCCUAAAAACAAAUGUAAUGUCUUGAAAAAUCAAGUAUCAUCUCAACAUGCCAGGUGUCACCCAAUAUUAAAAGGACAUGUAAGUGGUUCAAGGUUCUUUUUUUUUUUGUGUAGUUACUUGAAACAGAGUGGUUGUUAAAGUGUGGAGUUUGUAAUUUAUUUGUUCUGUUGGCAUGCUGUGGCCCUUUGUGAGAUUGUAAGUUGUACGUACAUAAUCGAGCAGCAUGGCUGGCUGAUGCAUCCGACCACCCCCUGCCAGCUGCCAGCGGACGACGUGUGUAACUGUGGUAGCCUCAAGGCCGGAGUGUGGCGAGGCCCUUUUUUCUUCACUACGUCUCUUUGUGUGCAAGUGUGUCCAAAAACACUGUUCUUUCUCUCUUUUUUUUUUAUUACUCUCCUCCUAGGGUAGAGCAGACUGGAAACAGUGUAUAUAUUGUACAUGGAAGCGAAGUUUGUAGAGGACUCGUUGAACGUUGAUUGCGUUAUAGUGUUUAUUUUAUCAGUGUGUUCAUUUUCUUUCAAAGAGGCUAAGUUUCUAAUAUUGUACAGUGUAUACAGAACGUAAAUACAGCGAUAUUACUUA